AUGACGGACCUUCCGCCACUGUCCGGCCGGGCCCUCCUCUGGCGAAUGGCCCGUGCCAUCAUCGUCUUCAUCAUCAUCUUCUUCAUCCUCGUCAUCCUCGUUAUCAACACCUCGCCCGGCCACGCAGCGUUGCGGGAGCCAUCUGCUUCGAAAGCCAAUCUGCAGCUGGACAAAGACGGCGACUUUCGCAUCGCCAUCUUCUCCGACCUGCAUUAUGGGGCACAGGAGGACGGUUGGGGCAUCGAGCAGGACCAAAACACGACGCGCGUCAUGAGCUCGGUCCUGCGCGACGAGAAGGUUGACUUUGUUGUCCUGAACGGCGAUCUCAUUACCGGCGAAAACACGCUGCGCGAGAACGCGUCCGACUAUGUCGAGCAGAUCAUCCGGCCGAUGCUUCAGAGCAACAAGCCCUGGGCCUCCGUCUAUGGCAACCAUGACUCCCAGUUCAACCUCUCCAGGGAGGCCAUCUACAAGGCGGAAAGGGUAUACAGCCUCUGCUACACAGACUCUGUCGAUCAUUUACCCGGCAGUUCGAACUACUAUGUUCUCAUCCAUCCUCACCAGGAAGAAGGUGCCGAGCCGGAGGGCCUGGAUCCCGCUGCCAUUCUCUGGUUCUUUGACAGUCGCGGCGGCAAGGCCUUCGACCACGACCCUUCAUCUGACACCGCAGAUCUGCCGGACUGGGUAGCGCCAGAGACGUCAAAGUGGUUCAUCGAGGCGCACAAUGAGCUUCGAGAAAAGUAUGACAAUCGCGUCAUCCCCAGCAUUGCUUUCGUCCACAUACCGCCUCACAUUUUCUCCCAGGCGCAGGAGGCGGGAGUACAUGUCGACUUGUUCCCUGGGUUGAAUGAUGACAUGCCGCUGGCGUUCCAAGGCAACGAAGGCGAGGAUGCAGCGUUUGUGAACGCGCUGCUUCAGACAGAAGGCCUUCACAGCGUUCAUGUGGGACACGAUCACGGAGAUUCGUGGUGUUCAACGUGGCCGGGGAAAGACGCGACGUCCAAGGCGCCAUUCCUCUGCUUCGCGAAACACACUGGCUACGGGGGCUACGGCACAUGGAAUCGCGGCGCGCGGAUACUUCACCUUACCAUUUCCAAAGCCGAGGGCGAAAACCAGGGCGGCAAACUGUUCGUCGACACUUGGGUGCGCAUGGAGAACGGCAAUGUCGUGACGCAAGUUUCACUCAAUGAGACGUACGGCGUUGACAGGUAUCCCACAGGAACGGGAGAACCAUGA